AAAAUUUUGAAUAUAGCACUAACAAUGUUAAGAAUAUUUGAUUUUAAAAUACCACUUGUAACAAUUAUUUUCGUUAAAAUAUGAAAUGUAACAAAGACAAUACGUAAAAAAUGGAGCUAAUAUGCAAAACCGGCGUCGUAUACAUAUAUAUAUAUAUGUAUUACCUAUGUCAUAUGUCAAUAUUUCAUGGCGACGAUUUGACGAGUGCAACGAGUAGUGGGAGAUAUUUAAAAACUAUUAUACAUAGCGUGUUACACGAUAUGUCAGAAUAAGUAAAAUAAUUAUUAAGGUUGUGGACAUUAAAAAGUACGACAAUAGAGUCUAAGUAAAAGUGUCAUUCUAAGUGUAAUAUGAGUAGCAUUUGUACGUAUGUAUUAUGAAUUAAACACUCAUGUAACCUAAAAUUAGUUUUUUAUACAAUUUAGGAAGUGUAUAUUUUCGUUAAAUAAGUAUACUGUUGAUUAGAAAAUAUUUCACUGUCAUGUAUAUUCUUUGUAAUAAUUAUGUAUAUAUAUAUAUAUAUAUAUAUAUAUAUAUGUAUAGAUUGAAAGUGUGUAACAAAGAAUGUGUUUGUUAGUUGAAAGGAUCCAAAAACAGAGGAGAGUAAAGCCUGUUGGAUCAGCACCAUCUUUGCUUGACUUUGAUUUAGGGUGAAAGUUCUGAUGACAGUGAUUCAGAAUUGAGGAUCAUUGUGAAGAAUCUGAUGAGACUCAGUGGAUUUCUAAUGAUAUUGGAAAAGAGGAAGAAGAUGCAUCGGAUGAAUCUGAUGACUCCUUAGAGGAUCCAUUAUUAAAUAAAGAAAAUCCUAGCUUAACUGUGGGGGAUGUAAUUGAACCAGCUAGACAACGACUAAAAGGUGGUUCGCUGAAGAAAAUUAAAUAAAAUGUUAAUUGUUGUGGUUGCCUUGGAGACAGAAGUGAUGAUGUUACGAAAUGUGUUGAAUGUGAUGGAUGUGGUGUUAGUGUACAUGAAGGUAGUGACGGUGUAUCCGCUGUAGAAAGUUUUUCAAGUACUGAUUCUUUGUGUCAAUCAGCCCCAGGGUUUUGUGAAGCUUGUAGCGCAGGCAUUGAAGAUCCUUCCUGUGAACUUUGCCCUAAUAAAGGUGGAAUUUUUAAGGAUGAUGUAGGCAAAUGGGUUCAUUUAGUAUGUGCACUUUAUGUACCUGGUGUUGCUUUUGGAGAAGUUGAUCGUUUAUCGAGUGUGACGCUCUUUGAAAUGGCAUAUAGGUAAUGGGGAGCAAAACAGUGUUCCUUGUGCGAGGAUGCAUCCUUUGCUCGUACCGGUGUAUGCAUAGAAGCGAUGCAGGGAAUGUGUCACACUUAUUUUCGUACCUGUGCACAAAGAGAAGGUUUAUUGUCUGAAGCCCAUAGCGAAGAAGUUGACCAAGCUGAUCCAUUUUAUGCACACUGUAACCUUCAUUCCGACAAAACUCUUGUUCGCAGACGUAGGCGUAAUUGGUUAGCGCUACAAUUUACGAGCCCAGUACCGUCAACAAUGUUAAAACAACCUAAUCAUUUAGAUACUGGACAACGUAGAAUACAAAGAAAAUUAGCGAAACAUAGACAUAAAUAUUUAGCUCAUAAAGCAUCUAGGCCACCACCAUGGGUACCAACUCAAAAAAUGCCUCGUGUUAACACAUCUGCUUCUGCAUGUCGACAGUUAGCAAGAAAGGGACUCAUGGGGAUUGAUACAGCUGCAAUUAGAAGCGCAAGAACACAACUUGUAGCUUUAGUCGACGUGAGAAAGAAAUGGCACAUUCCGCCUGCUUUUUAGCGUGGAAUUUAUCGCUAUUAUUUAGACCGAAUACGAGUAACGUCUAUGAAAAGGACGACUACAGAACCUGAUAUUAAUUCUCAACUACUGAACGAACAACAAGGUUAGAUAGAAAAUAGUGACGAAGUAAUGAAAGAUAACGAAGAACAAAUUCGCGUGAAUGUAACGUUAAAGGAAAUAGAAAUGUAUCAUCACUGCUUCAAAAUAGCGGUAUGUGAAACCUUACCACAAAUAACUGAUUUGGCUAAACCAAGAAUAGCACCAACUCUAGGUACAGGUUUAGGCGUACCUACUGCAGCUGCUUUGAAAAUGGGGGUUGGUUUUCCUUUACCGGUUGGUAAAGGAGUCGAAGGAAUACGCGAAGGUAGAGUGUUGAGCAGUCAAGCUCAAGAUCAAAACCACAAAAGUGAAUUGACAUUGCGACAUCAAUGCGGGAUAUGUAGAAGAUCCACGAAUCAACACUUGCUUGCAAAAUGUGAUACAUGUCAUCUUCACUACCAUUUAUCUUGGUCUUAGUCCACCUUUAUCUCGUAUGCUAAAAAAACAAAACUUAUGGGAUGGCAAUGUUCUGAGUGGGACAAGGAAUCAUCGGGAUCAGACGUUGAACGCGUUGAUACAUCGGCACCACAAUUAAGACAUUGCAAAGAUGAUUCAAAUUUAACGUUAACACCGACACCACCGCAGGAAGUGCAAAUGCCUACAACGCCUACAACGCCUAGUACAUCAAAAAAUUCUUCUGCUAAUCUUAGUACUGACAAUACCACAGCAUCUGAUACACCAACAACACCAAAGGUGACUAUAAAACCAGUUGGGCCACUACCUCCAUCUUCAGCAUCCAUUCAUUCAAGUGAAUUAGUGUACAAUCAGCAAUCUGUUAAUAGAUGUAGCAUACCGACACGGGAAGGUUCACCUGAAUAUAUGGUAGCUUCGGCGGGUACAGAGUCUGUUUCACAGAGGAGUGCAAAGAAAAGAAGAAGAGAGAAGCAUAAAAGAUAUACUCCUGACCCAAUCACGGGAGUAAAGCAAAGAAAACGAAAGCAUAAAAGGAAAAGUCUCGAUGUGGAAAAUCCAGAAGGUCAAAGUCAGCCAGAAAUCCACAGAAGAAUUACAAUAAAGAUAAAACCAAUUCCAAGACCGGAAGGGGACGUAGCGUCUGAAUCAAGUCCACAAAUGUUUAUCGCCACGUCUACUAGCACUGAAAUUACAUCGCCACCACCACCCCCAAAAUUGGCCACCUCCACUUGCCCCACCUUUAGUUUCUAAUACCCGCAUCCGCAACAGCAAAUGUAUCUACUAACAGUAAACAAUAGUAGAACAUCUACAGGAAAUGGAAAAAAAGGAAAAGAUACAGAUCUUUUAACGCAUUGUAAUGUCUGUGAUAUGCCUGGUACCAGUCAAAAUCUUGUCAUGUGUGACGAAUGUAAAAAAUGCUACCACUUCACCUGUCUGAUCCACCAGUUAAAAAUCUCCCAAAGAAGAGGCUAUUCGCAUUGUGCAGACUGCGAUCCUAGUGCCUCUGAAUCUGAGACUUAAUAUCAACAAUUUUAUGUCUGCAGCUAUAAUUCUACGUUUAAAUAAAUUAAGACAUUAAAUGUCAUUAUGUUUUUGUAAAAUAUACGGAAUACAGACAAACUUCUUCCUUUAA